ACCACACCUUCAUUGCCACUGGAGAGAGAAAACCCCCUGGAGUGUGGUUAGAAGUUAGAAGUGAGAGUCAGACAGCAGAACAGAAGAAGAUCAUGAUGCGACACAAAGAGGAAAAAGAGGCAAAGAAAGAAGCAUUUAGGAAAUAUUUGGAUUCAAGUGGAGUUCUUGAUGCUCUCACCAAAGUUCUAGUUUCAUUGUAUGAGCAGAAUGACAAGCCUUCUUCUGCCCUUGAAUUCAUCCAACAAAAACUAGGUGGUCCGUCUGUAUCUGAAUAUGAAAUGCUACAAGCUGAAUUGUCAAAUUUGCAAAUAAAAUAUGAUGAGCUUCUAGCAGAACACCAAGAAACUUGCAAAGAGCUGGAGGAACUUAAGAACUCACAUUCAAUGGCAAUGGCAUCAACAAAAGAGACCAUAGAUGGAGAGGCUCACAGGGAUGGGUUCUGAAGGAGCAGUGGAAGAUGUACAUUGUUGUGCUGAUUUUAUUCUUUUUUUUUUUUUGGGAAUAUAUUCUUAUGUUGAAUUGAGCGAGUGAGAAAGCAUAGUUUUCCACAGUGUUGUAUUUGUAUCAUAGCACUAGUAGCACAGACCUAGAUGUUUCUUUGUGUUCUUUGGCUGUUUUCUUUCGAAUAAUUCUGUUGUUGAUUGACAAUUCAAUAUGACA